CCCAGAGCAAACCCUCGACAGUAUCUAAAACAAGGUUUUAGUCGUCUUGGCGAACAAUAGUAUCAGCACUGCAAUGGUUGGUUGUUCGAUAAACGAUUUCUCAUUUUUCGACAGCUCGGGGAAUCUUGUCCUGGGCGAAUACAAUGACGAUGGAAUAUGCAUCUUUGAAGAGGCGAAUUGCAACCCAAGGUCUUCGCCACGCGAAUGCUGUGCAUACAAUCCUGAAUCGGCCAACGAUGAUGGGUUGGGGGGAUGGGCAGACAAGUAUUUACUACUUUGCCUCAUGGUUCCGAUGUUAUACCUAUAUCAAGUUGUCAAAAAAAAAGCGGAAUCACAAAUCGACGAAGGUCGAACCAACGGGAAGGGAGAACCAGCGAGUUGCAACGAUGUUUCCGAAUCGAUAUCCUGUUGGAAAAAGCCGAUCAAAUUCAUCCAUUCGAUGGGUUACUUGAUAUUUUCAAUGAUGAUCGUUCCAGCGACAAUCGUGACACGCAAAUCCUACCAAGCAAAUAUGUCCGUCUCUCAAAUGAACUUGUUAAUGUCCGCCGAGGCAUUCAUGAUUCCAUUUGGUGAGAUUUUUCAAUGCAUCGAGGAUGUUGUCCUCGUGCAGAUUGGCUAUGCAAUCGGUAGAAGCGACAAGCCUAGAACCGAUCACUUGAUCCACGUCGGGAUCGCCGGGAGUAUUGUUACUGGCACCGUUGCCGGUUUGAUUGGGACGAUCCUUGCACUAUGGCCUUCGGCCUUCGCACUACUUACAAAUCCAGGCCGAAAGCACGACCAGAGUCUCUAUGAAGGCUGUGAAUGGUUUGAAGGGAACGAUGAUUACGAUCGAUGGUUGAUUUUGCCCUACUGGAUGAUGAAGUCCUGGGCUAUGGUCUUUCAACAGAUUGGAAUGGUUUUGAGCGGCUUUUUCUUUGGCGCCAAGGCAAUUGCCGGUGAGAAAUCAUCCGUCACAUUGAACGAUGUUUGUUCCUGAAUUCACUUUUGGGUUGUUGUAAUCACAACGUCAACUCUCAUGUAAUGCUGAUGUUUCAAAUUCUUUCACUUUCAACCCACAAACCGUGCAGAUAUAGGGUGGAUAUUACUGUUUUCUCUGACACUGACUCUAUAUAUUUGGUUUUCCAAUGUCGGAACCUGGUCGAAUCCAUUGACGCUGGUGGGAAUCGCUGAUAUAUCUGGGGAUAUCGUCUUGCCCGUCCUGGCUAUCUCUUUUUUAGCCUCCCCGCUGGCAUCUUCAAUUCGCGAGCGAACCGGUUUGUCCCUGUCGGGGUCGAAAGUCAUCGACAAUCUUCGAUGGCAGCCCACGAAUGGAUUUGCACCGGUUGUCAGUAAGAAAGUCGUUAGUGACAAUGGUGAAUUUUUCAGUAGAGAAUCGACAAGUCUGAUUGGUAACAGAAAGUCAGAGGAAAAUAGCGCAUUCGAAAGAAGCAUUACUACAAACAACGAGGCCCCGAACGGCACAAACAACACGAUGAAACUAUUCGUCGAAGGUUUUAAGGUUAUGUUCAUGGACGUUGCCAUUCAGGGCUGUACCAGUUUCACUUACUAUGUUGCACUGAGGCAGGACAGCGAGGUGGCCUACCAAAUUACUGCCCUUCAAUCGGCCUUGCCCCAAUACGGCUACGGCUACGCCGUCGGAAUUUCAAUCAUCUUCAAGCUGACGGGAUCGCAGCUUCUGGCCAAAGGAAAAAAUAAGCUCUUCGUGGUCUUUGCCAAGAUUUGCAUCGUCUCAGUUCUGGCAAUGAUCCCUGCCAUCGUCGCGGAGGUUCUCGAGGCGCGACAUACCAUCGCCCUUGAGUACGGAUCGAAUGCGUGUUCCUAUGCACAGAAUUCGAAUUGCGUUCCGUUUUUUGAAGCAAUUUUCGGACCGAAUGCCAACGGGGGAGGAUUCACUCUGCAGUAUACCUUUACGGCCCUGGCUUUUGGUGCCGUCACGGAUUCUGUCAGCCUCGUGCUGCGAUCGGUCUUGCUAGCACUAUUGGAUUUUGAUUUCUUGGUGAACAGCACCAUCUGUGCCGUUGGAGUGUACAUUCCCAGCAUGUACGCAGCGACCUGUCUGGACACAAUCUAUAAGGGCCAGGCAAUUUCGUACUACGUGGCAAUGAACAUGCCGCAGCUCGUUUUGAUCCUGGUCCUGUUGGUGCGUCUGAAGUAUAACUUUCGCAAAGUUUUAGAUGGAGAAGAAGGACCAUGGACAGAAACCUCACCUGAGGAACGAAGCAACGAUGAACCAAGCUCUGAGCAAAUAAGUUCCUCUUUCAGUUACAAGGAAGAGAUGGGACCACUGAUAAAUUCAAAAAAGCGCAGAAGUAGUUUAGUUACAGUCUAUGCAUAAGAUGAAGAAUAAAACUCAUGAUKCCAUUGUCAAAAACAGAAAAAGAUUAUCUAAUCAUAGGUCGUAUCUUCGUCAAAGAGAAAAAUUUUCUUAAAAGGUUGGAAAAUAACUUAAAUCUGUACAG